UUUGACUUCCAUUGAAAUUGAAAGAAAGCGUAAGGAACUAGAGGGAUGGGUUCAAAGUAUUUACAAAAAGUUAAAAACGAAAGAAGAGAUAGCAAAUAAAUGCAAGUAUGAUCAACUAAAAUGGAACAAAGCAGAGGAAAGUUUAUCUAGAUGUAUAAAAACUUGGAAACAUUUUGUAACUCGAAAUAUAGGAAAAGAUAAAAUGACUGAUGAAUACUUGGAAAAAAUAUUCCAAAAAUGCUCGGAUGCUGAAAAAUGGCUCAUGAUUCCCUACCAAAAGAUGUCAUUGAGACAACUUAGAGAUGAAUGUAAGAACUUAGAAACAGCGGUUUCAGAUAUCUUGAAAAGUCUGAAAGCUGACAAACAGAAACGUAAUCAAGAUAUAAUCAAAGCAGUCGAGGAAUGUCGAAUGUUUAUCAGUCGUGUGAGAUCUUUUGAAGUUUUGGGGGAACAGAAAAACAAACUUACAUCAGACGAUAUAAAGUCGAUAAUGAGAAAAUGUGAUGAAUUACAUGAGUGGCUAAGCUCGUACCCCUUGUUUCAGCAGAACAAGGACGAGAUAAAGAAACAAAAAACAGAAUUAGAAGAAUUCAUGGACAGAAUAAGAGACCGAAUAAAAGAAAAUCAACAAGCCGCUGAGGAAAAGAAGAAAGCCCGAUUUGAAAUGAAAAAUCCACAUGAAAUGUUAGAGGACAUAGAAAGCUAUGUUGAGGAAGCUGAAACAUUUGUUAAAUCCAAUGAGUGCAGGGCAGCACUGUUAUUCAAGGAUAAGGAAUGUAUACUCACCAUAUGUCGAGCGGCAAAACGACGUGUCAACUCGUAUUGGCUAUAUUCACUUGAAGAGUUAAGAAGCAUAUACGAUGAAUUAAAAAGUGCGGUGGCAAAGGCUCGCAAUAAUAUUCCUGGGGAAAACAAGAGAAGGAGUCGCGAGUCGGACAAGAGAAGACGCGAUGAAGCAGAAAUAAGACUUCAAAAAUAA